AUGUCGCGCUGCUCCAACACCUCCGGCUACACCGCCGUGCGGGAGCACCCCAGCGACGCGUUCUAUUUGGAGAUCCGCUCCGGACCGGACCGCAUCAUCCUCGGCACCUUCGAGACGGCGCACAAGGCGGCGCGUGCCUACGACGCCUUGGCAGCCCACGCGCAGAUGAACUGGACGCGCCAGCAGGCGGAGGAUCUGGCGCCGCGGCGCCGCAUAUGCACCUCUUCACCGACGAGGACAAGGGUCAUCACAAGAUACUACACAUCCAGCUGUACCGAGGACAAGCGCCUCAUGACGGAGUGGAAGCAUCCCUUCCCGCAGGACGUCGAGCACAAUGCGGCGCGGAAGGCGAGCCGCGUUGCGAGAAGGAAGGACAAGGCCGAGCGCCGCGCCUUCAUCCUAGCGUGGGAGGCCGGCCCUCAGACGAUCGAUGACGACGACAAUAGGUGGAUGGUCCUCCACGAUGGUGUCCGACACCACCAUGUCGGGAUCGGUCUGGAGCAACUAGUGGAGUAG